AUGGCAAAAUCCAAAAUCACACGCGCCCUUAUUCUAACACGAGGGGGAGACCAGCACGGUGAAGGGGGAGACCAGCACGGUGAAGGGGGGGACCAGCACGGUGAAGGGGGGGACCAGCACGGUGAAGGGGGGGACCAGCACGGUGAAGGGGGGGACCAGCACGGUGAAGGGGGGGACCAGCACGGUGAAGGGGGGGACCAGCACGGUAAAGGGGGGGACCAGCACGGUGAAGGGGGGGACCAGCACGGUGAAGGGGGGGACCAGCACGGUGAAGGGGGGGACCAGCACGGUGAAGGGGGGGACCAGCACGGUGAAGGGGGGGACCAGCACGGUGAAGGGGGGGACCAGCACGACAACGCUGACAUGGUGCUCGCUGACAUGCUGCUCGCUGCUGCCAACACUCGCAAGGAGCUAGCAGGGGCGGAGGCGCGGAUAGCAGCGCUGCAGGGGUCGGUGGUGGCAUUGGAGGCGGAGAUCAACCAGGUGGGCGGCAGGGAGUGCUGCUGGGUGGUGCAGGCACGGGGCCACAUGGGAUGGGAUGGAUCUGAAUGCAGCGCGGGAGCGAGAGGCGGAGCAGCUUCUGAUUUGACUCAAAAGCCUCCCCAUGCUUGUCCCCUGCCCGCCCACCCACCCUGCUUGUGGUGGUGGCAGGACCUGAAUGCAGCGCGGGAGCGAGAGGCGGAGCUGGUGGAGCAGCUGGAGCAGCGCGAGGCGGAGGUGGAGAGCCUGCGCCGCGACACCACCGAGAACAUCCGCGCCCAGCGCGCCGAGCUGGUGAGUCAUUGGCGGGUGGAGAGCUCGUCAGUCAUUGGCGGGUGGGCGCGCGAGCUGGAGAUGGAGAGGGAGUCGCUGCGGCGGGGCGUGGCGAAGCGCGACCAGGCGCUGGGGCUCAUGAAGAGAGAGCUUGAGCGCAGCGCUCACAUGCUCUCCGCCGCUGCUGACACCCGCCAGGUGAUCCGUGUUGCUCACACCCGCCAGUUUCUCUUAUCAGGUGGAUGA